UUGAGAAGUGUGAGGAGAUCCAGGCAUAAAGCACCACGUAUUUAUUUCGCAUUUACAGUCCUCACCUACAACCAGGAAGUCCAUUUAAUGCUCUUCAAUGGCCAUCUCUCUCUCUCUCUCUCCUCCGUUCUUCUGUGAGCCAUGCCCUUUGCAGCUCAGAACUGGCUUCUUUGCAGCUGGGGAGCGAGUGGCUUGAAGAAAAGGAUGAGCUUUUUCCUUCUUCCUGGUAUGGGCUCUUCAUCUUUGCUUCCUUUCAGUAGUCUCAGCACGCGGAUAAAGAAUAUUUGAACGCGAAGUUAUGGAAUUUGUCCUGCAACUCUUGAUAACUUUGCUAACCUAGAGGAAGAAAAGAGAGAAGAACCGAAAAAAAAUCUCAUCUUGGAAAUCAUUUCAAUCUCCCGGUACACGCAAUGGACUCAAUAAGAAACAGAUUACUCACUCAAGCUUUUGCCUUUUCGCUCUCAGCUGCAUUUCUAACUAUAGGGAUCUCCGCCCUCGGUUCAAUGUCCUCCAUUGCCGUCUCCUACGGAGAGAAUGGCCCCGUUUUUUGCGCUCUGGUACCUGAUGGCUCUCACCUUGUUCGCUGUUUCGGCACUGAUGCUUCAAUUGUCUAUGGUGCCCCCUCCAGGCUUCCCAUGCUUUCCCUCACAGCUGGUGAUAGCUUUGUCUGUGGGCUUCUGUUGGAUUCAAGCCAGCCCUAUUGCUGGGGAAAUAACUUCUAUGUACAGAUGGGAGUUCCUCAGCCAAUGGAGGAAGGCGCCGCUUACUCUGAAAUCAGUGCAGGCGAUCACCAUCUCUGUGGAGUUCGAAAACAGCACAGAAGAUUUCAAAGCAGCAGUUCAUUGAUUGAUUGCUGGGGCUAUAACAUGACUGCUUCUCUGAACUUCGAUGGUGAAGUUACAUCCCUAACAGCUGGUUCUUUGUUCAACUGUGCCUUACUUGUUCGAAACAGAACUGCAUUCUGCUGGGGAGAUGAGACAGGAAGCAACAUUAUCAGUCUAACUCCAAAGAAUCUGAGGUAUCGAUCCAUUUCAGCAGGCGGUUUUCAUGUUUGUGGGAUUUUAGAGAAUUCUCGUGUUUUCUGUUGGGGCAGGAGCUUAGCAGUGCAGGGAGAUGUGGAUUUAGCGCCCGUCGAUCCAAUGCUUUCGGUCGUCGGUGGAAGAUUUCAUGCCUGUGGGAUUAAGAGUGUGGAUCACAUGGUUCUCUGCUGGGGAUUUUGGCUUCAGAGCGGCGUUCCGCCACCAAAAAGUACCAAAUUGUAUGAGAUUGCUGCAGGGGAUUAUUUCACUUGUGGUGUGCUUGCGGAUUCUUCUCUUGCUCCGCUCUGCUGGGGAACAGGUGGUCCGUGGUCGAUUCCAAUGGCCGCCUCGCCGGGGAUCUGCAAUUCGAAUCCUUGCGGCCCCGGAUUCUUCGAGUUCACCCAUCUGAGCUUGCCUAAUAAGUUCUGCAGACCAGUGAACUCUAGAGUCUGCUUGCCAUGCAGCAAUGGCUGCCCUGAGGAGACUUAUCUUUUAAGCUCCUGUAAUGCGACUUUGGAUAGAAGAUGUGAGUUCAAUUGCACCCAUUGUGUGUCUAAUGAAUGCUCCUCAUUCUGCUUGCAGAAGAGAUCGACAUCCCCAAACAUGUCUUCUCUUCAAAUUCCAAUUUUUAUCUCAGAACUGGUCUUUGGAGUCGUGUUGGUGAGCUCUGUUACCUUGGUGGCUUUCCUCUACGUUCGAUAUAAGUUACAGAGAUGUAAAUGUGGAGCUAAUGAAUUGAAGACCUCAAAAAAUCGACCUUGUUCAUUCCAAAAGGAGCUGGUGAAGAUCCAGCCUGACCUGGAGGACCUGAAGAUUCAUCGCGCGCAGAUGUUCACCUUUGAGGAAUUGGAGAAGGCCACGGGAGGAUUCUGCGAAGAAUCUCAGGUUGGAAAGGGGAGUUUUUCCUGCGUGUUCAAAGGAGUUCUGAAAGAUGGAACUGUUGUUGCAGUAAAGAGAGCUAUAAGAGCUUCAGAUCUGAAGAAAAACUCCAAAGAAUUUCACACCGAACUCGACCUGCUUUCGAGGCUGAACCACGCGCAUUUGCUCAACCUACUGGGCUACUGCGAGGAAGGAGGUGAAAUGCUUCUGGUUUAUGAGUUCAUGGCUCACGGCUCUCUGUAUCAGCAUCUCCAUGGAAACGAACCGGGGUUGAAGGAGAGAUUAGAUUGGGUCAAAAGGGUCACCAUUGCCGUCCAAGCUGCAAGAGGAAUCGAAUACCUGCAUGGCUAUGCCUGCCCUCCAGUCAUUCACAGAGACAUCAAAUCUUCAAAUAUUUUAAUCGACGAAGAACACAAUGCUCGUGUCUCUGAUUUCGGCCUGUCCCUUCUCGGUCCAACAGAUAGCAGAAGUCCAUUAUCAGAGCUUCCUGCUGGAACGCUGGGCUACUUGGAUCCUGAGUACUACAGGCUUCACUACCUCACGACCAAAUCUGAUGUUUACAGCUUUGGUGUUCUUCUGCUUGAGCUUCUCAGCGGCCGAAAGGCGAUCGACAUGAGAUUUGAAGAAGGUAACAUUGUUGAAUGGGCGGUUCCGCUGAUUAAAUCUGAGAAUAUCACAGCCAUAUUAGAUCCAGUUCUGAAACCUCCAGCUGAAGAGGAGGCGCUGAAGAAAAUUGCGAUUUUUGCAUGUAAAUGUGUGAGGAUGAGAGGAAAGGAUAGACCUUCAAUGGAUAAGGUGACGACAGUGUUGGAGAGAGCUUUGGCUCUGUUAAUGGGGAGUCCGUGCAAUGAGCAGCCGAUAUUGCCGACGGAGGUGGUGCUGGGAAGCAACAGACUGCACAAGAAGGCCUCGCAGAGGUCUUCGACGCAGUCGUGCUCGGAGACGGAGAUGAUGGAGGGGGAAGACCAGAGGAUUGAAUACAGAGCUCCCUCGUGGAUUACGUUUCCGAGUGUGACUUCUUCGCAGAGGAGGAAGUCGUCGGUGUCGGAAGGAGAUGUGGAGGCGGUGAAGAAUGGAGAAGGGAGGAGUUUGAGGUGUUUGGAGGAGGAGAUUGGGCCUGCUUCUCCUCAUGAAGAGCUAUUUUUGCAGCAUAAUUUCUGAAGGGUAGGGUAGAAGCCUCUUUUGUAAUUUUUUUCUUAAUGGUUUAAUUUGGGCAUGUUUUGAUGAAAUGUUGAGGUGGUGGACUAUGAGUUUGUGUUUUAUGAUGAUUUAGGGAGAUGAGUUUGUAAAGAAUUAAGAAUUGAUUUUCUUAUUUGGAGGAUGGUAAGGAUAAUAA